CGACAUCACCGCGCAUUCAAUUCCUCUUCACCACAGAUAGAGGAGGGACACGUAUUUGCAUAUACAUACAGCUAUGUCGUUGUCAAUCCCCAGCGCCCCGAAUGCUGGGCUGUUCAAGCAGGGUUAUUCCAGCCAUGACUCCGAAGACGGUGCCGUCAUCCGUAAUAUCGAAGCAUGCCGUGCCAUUGCGCAGACUGUACAGACAUCGCUGGGCCCCAACGGCCGCAACAAAAUCGUAAUCAACCACCUACAAAAGCUGAUCCUGACCUCCGAUGCCGCUACCAUUCUACGGGAGCUUGAGGUUGUACAUCCGGCCGCAAAACUGGUCGUCAUGGCCAGCCAGCAACAGGAAGCAGAGAUGGGCGAUGCGACUAAUCUGGUUAUUGUGCUCACGGGAGAGUUGCUAAAGAAGGCGGAGGAAUUACUGCGAAUGGGGCUGAAGACGAGCGAUAUUGUGCUAGGGUAUGAGAAGGCGCAGGGAAUUGCGUUGGAAUGUUUGGAUGAUCUCGAGGUGGAUAGACUAAAGGAGCUACGGUCUACGACCGAGUUGAGCAAAGCGGUUAGAACUGUCAUUGCAAGCAAACAGUCCGGCUCAGAAGAUAUCCUUGCUCCGCUAGUUGCAGAGGCCGUACUGGCAGUCCUCCCCAAGAAUCCGGCCAACUUCAACGUGGAUAAUGUUCGAGUCGUCAAAAUCAUGGGAGGCAGCUUGGAGCAAUCACGAGUCGUGAAAGGAAUGGUUUUCGGCCGCGAACCUGACGGGGCCAUAAAAAAGGCCAAAAAGGCCAAAGUUGGCGUCUUCAGCUGUCCCAUUGAUAUCUCCCAGACAGAAACAAAAGGAACAGUCCUCCUGCACAACGCGAAAGAGAUGCUGGAGUUUACAAAGGGCGAAGAAGCACGUCUGGAAGCAACGAUCAAAGAAAUCUACGACUCCGGCGUUCGUGUCGUCGUGGCGGGCUCUACCGUCGGCGAACUGGCAAUGCACUACCUCAACCGCUUUAACAUACUCGUCAUCAAGAUCCUCUCCAAAUUCGAACUCCGACGCCUCUGCCGUGUCGUCGGUGCCACACCUCUUGCUCGCCUCGGUGCUCCAAUGCCCGAUGAAAUGGGCACUGUUGACGUGGUUGAAACACUCGAAAUUGGCGGCGACCGCGUGACAGUCUUCCGACAAGAAGAUGCCGGCACCGUCACACGAACCGCAACCAUCGUGCUGCGCGGCGCAACGCAAAACCUCCUUGAUGACGUUGAGCGUGCCAUCGACGACGGCGUCAAUGUUAUCAAGGCAGUGACAAAGGAUCCUCGGCUGGUACCUGGCGCUGGAGCAACGGAGAUCCAGCUCGUCGAACGCAUCUCAGCCGUCGCGGAUAAAACGCCUGGACUUCCACAAUACGCCAUCCGCAAAUAUGCUGAGGCUUUCGAAGUUAUCCCGCGCACGCUUGCUGAAUCCGCGGGCCUGGAUGCCACCGAGGUCCUAUCUCGCCUCUACACAGCUCACCAGCAACACCGCCGAUCGGCGCCGGUGGGUAAGAAAGUAGCAACCAAUGAUGACGACGACGGUGACGACGACGACGAGGAGGAAGAAGAUGAGGAUGAAGAGGAAGAAUCAUCCGAGAAUGCCUCCUCGUCCUCGGAGGAGGAACCAUAUUGGACCACGGGCGUGGAUUUACAUGCAUUCUCCUCAGCGGGAACCGUCAAUGCAGUCGAUGAUGGAAUCCUUGACUUGCUCGUGUCGAAGGCAUGGGCUAUCAGAUUGGCGACGGAGGCCUCGCGGACGGUGUUGUCGGUUGAUCAGAUUAUUGUGGCGCGACAGGCGGGCGGGCCGAAGCCGCCGGGACAGAACCCUAAUUGGGAUGAGGAUUGAGGCGUUUGACUUGAUGAUAAUGAUAAGAAGUAGUGGUUUGCGUUGAUGAUGUUGUUGCUCGUGCUGUUGUUCUGAUAUGUAUGGUGACCGGGAAAGGAUGAGAGGGGAGAAUAAAAAAAAAUGAAAUGUGCGAAUUUCUUCUUUUUUGGCAUUUUCCACAUUAAUUUGAAUGAAAGAAAAUUCUCCCUUGCUUUCUUCCCUGUAUUAUUUUGUUCGUCUUUUCUUGAAACCUGCGAAUUGGAAAUGCAAAAUGACUAUCAGGAUUUCCGCUGGGGCUGGGAGGGAUUGAUUGGUGCUGAGCCGGCCGUUUACUUAUUAUCCGCAUGCUCAUGCUAAUAAAUCGGGGAAACUGAAGGUAGCUUAGGGUAGAGGAUUACUGUCCUUUUUGCUAUAAAUGAAAUAGAUUUUCUCGACC